AUGGAACUGGAGCCGUCCCUUGGUGCUCUCCUCAAGGCUAUCCAAGCCCUCACCACCCAAGUUGGGUCCCUCCAGGACCAAGUCAAAUCCCAGGGCAAGCAGAUUGUCCAACUUACUGCCAUAUGCAAGGAAACCAACAACCUUGUUGGCAACAAGGAUCAGGGCAGAGCCCAAACCAAGCCUGGCCCAUCAACUGGGCCUGUCACCCCUCCUACCCACUCAGGAGGGGAAACCCACACUCCAGGCAUGGUUAGGCCUGGACUCAAGGCCCUGUUCCAACCAUCAAGAGGCACAGGAUUUGAUUCCAAUGAGGAAGAACCAAGAUGGGCUCCCAAAAAGGAACCUCAAGGAACGCCUUGGCAGAGCCUUAGCACCCUCACCCCCUUUGACGCAGGGUCCAUCAGGGGACAUAAGGCCACCCAAUGGCUGGACAGAAUGUUGCUCUGGGUUGCUCUCCACUGCAACCAGUUUGAUGAAGAAGAGCAAAUGGUUGUAUGGAUCCUCUACCAUAUGACAGAUAAGGCCGCAGACUGGGCGCUCCCCAUUAUUGGGGCUAUUAUCAAGGGUGAAGGGAACCCUCCAACCACCAUCCUGGCCUUAAUGGCCAAAUUCAAAGAAGCCUUUGCCAAUCCAGAUGCAAAAAGGGCGGCCGCCAGAAAGAUAGCCACGCUAACUCAGACCACCACUACGUCUGAGUACUUCACCAAGUUCCGCAACCUUAUUGCAGAACUAGACUGGAACAAGGAGGCAUACAUUGCCCAGUUCACGUGUGGCCUCCACUGGAAGGUCAAGGAACUCCUGUCCACCAAGGACAACAUCCCUGACAACUUAGAGGCUAUCUUUGCUGCCUCUAUCAAGAUUGACAACACUUGCCAGGAAAACAAGGAGAACCAUCCCAAAAAGGCCCUAGCCAAGUCCCCAGUCACUGACCCCAAUUACGUCACACCAGAAGAAAGGGACUGUUGGCGCGCAUCUGGACUAUGCGUCAAAUGUGGUCAGAAGGGACACAGGAUCAAGCAGUACCCCAAUGGCUGGAAGGCCACAAUCAAGGAAGUUGCCAAGCCCCUGGCCAAAAUAGAUGUGCAUGUAUUGGACUGUGAAUUUGUAUCAGUGGCUCUAGAUUCCAAUAAAAAGCCCCUUUUAUUUAUCAAUUUACACCUGCACAAAUUCCCAACAGAAAACCUAAAAACCCUGGUGGACUCUGGGGCCACAUCCAACUUCAUUUCUCCAUCAAUUGUUGAAAAACUCAAAAUUCCAAAAACCCUGCUUGAAAAUCCACAAGUAGUGAGAAUGUUAGAUGGUACAAUAUCCCAGACUGGUCGCAUAUGGCACCAGGUUCAACUUGCAGUCUUGGCCAAUGGCCAUUCACACACUAUCCCCUUUCUUGUCUGCCCCAUUGGUAACACCCCUGCCAUCCUAGGAACGUCUUGGCUCACAUUGGAAUCCCCUCUCAUUGACUGGCAGCAGGGACUUAUUACUUUCCCUGAACAUAUUCAAAUUGCCUUGAAGGAAGAAGCCAAUCCCAAAACCCUGGCCAAUCUACCCACGCAGUAUCACAAAUUUGCCCCAGUCUUUGGGGAAGAAGAGUUUAAAGUCCUUCCGCCCCAUUGA